UGUGAAGAGGAAGUGGAGAGAGAGAGAGAGAGAUGGAGUUCUGAUUGGGUGAAAGAAUCAGAGUCUCCGCACGACCCCCUUCACAUUCCUCUCCAAAUCUUCUCACCGUUUGAUCUCAAAACCUACACACAGACCCAUUUCAUGUAUUCGUAGAUCUCUCUUGUGCAUUUCCGAGGAUUUAGACCAUAGUUUAAGGAAACGGAGGAAUCCCCAUCAUGGAAGCAAAUGCGGGGAUGGUUGCUGGAUCGCACAAGAGGAACGAGCUCGUUCGGAUUCGCCAUGAUUCUGAUAGUGGGCCAAAGCCCCUGAAGCAUUUGAAUGGCCAAAUAUGCCAGAUUUGUGGAGAUACUGUUGGCCUUACAGCCGCCGGUGAUGUCUUUGUUGCCUGCAAUGAGUGUGCCUUCCCAGUUUGUCGGCCUUGUUAUGAGUAUGAGCGCAAAGAUGGAAACCAGUCUUGUCCCCAGUGCAAGACUAGAUAUAAGAGACACAAAGGGAGCCCUCGAGUUGAAGGAGAUGAUGAAGAGGAUGAUGUUGAUGAUAUAGAAAAUGAGUUCAAUUAUGCCCAAGGAAAUAGCAAAGCAAGACGCCAGUGGCAGGGAGAAGAUGCUGACCUUUCCUCUUCCUCCAGACAUGAGUCUCAGCAACCUAUUCCCCUUCUCACCAAUGGGCAGCCACUGUCUGGAGAAAUUCCCAGUGGUACACCUGACAAUCAAUCUGUGCGAACCACAUCUGGUCCUUUGGGCCCUGGCGAAAAGCAUGUGCAUUCACUGCCUUAUGUUGAUCCCAGGCAGCCAGUUCCCGUGAGAAUUGUGGACCCAUCAAAGGACUUGAAUUCUUAUGGCCUGGGUAAUGUCGACUGGAAGGAAAGGGUUGAAGGUUGGAAACUCAAACAGGAGAAAAAUAUGAUGCAGGUGACUAGCAGAUACCCUGAAGGGAAGGGAGAUUUAGAGGGCACUGGUUCAAAUGGAGAGGAAUUGCAAAUGGCUGAUGAUGCUCGUCAACCUUUGAGUCGAGUGGUGCCUAUUCCAUCAUCUCACCUUACGCCUUAUCGUGUUGUGAUCAUACUUCGACUUAUAAUCUUGGGCUUUUUCUUACAAUAUCGUACAACUCACCCUGUAAAAGAUGCAUAUCCUUUGUGGUUAACAUCUGUUAUCUGUGAGAUUUGGUUUGCCUUAUCAUGGCUGUUGGAUCAGUUCCCAAAAUGGUAUCCAAUUAAUCGUGAGACCUUCCUUGAAAGGCUUGCAUUGAGAUAUGAUCGUGAAGGGGAACCUUCACAGCUGGCUCCUAUAGAUGUAUUUGUUAGUACGGUGGAUCCUCUCAAAGAGCCUCCUCUUGUAACAGCUAACACUGUGCUGUCCAUUCUUGCUGUGGAUUACCCUGUCGACAAAGUCUCUUGCUAUGUUUCAGAUGAUGGGUCUGCAAUGUUGACCUUUGAAGCCCUUUCUGAAACUUCUGAAUUUGCAAGGAAGUGGGUUCCCUUCUGCAAGAAGCACAACAUCGAGCCUAGGGCCCCUGAGUUUUAUUUUGCCCAAAAGAUCGAUUACUUGAAGGACAAGAUACAGCCUUCUUUUGUGAAAGAGCGCAGGGCUAUGAAGAGAGAAUAUGAAGAGUUUAAGAUACGAAUCAAUGCACUUGUUGCUAAAGCACAGAAGACGCCAGAAGAAGGUUGGACAAUGCAGGAUGGCACUCCUUGGCCUGGAAAUAACCCUAGGGAUCAUCCAGGAAUGAUUCAGGUGUUCUUAGGCCACAGUGGGGGUCUUGACACAGAUGGAAAUGAGCUGCCCAGACUAGUUUAUGUUUCUCGUGAGAAAAGGCCGGGCUUCCAACAUCAUAAGAAAGCUGGAGCAAUGAAUGCUUUGAUUCGAGUUUCAGCUGUCUUGACCAAUGGUGCUUAUCUCUUGAAUGUCGAUUGUGAUCACUACUUCAAUAACAGCAAAGCUCUUAAAGAAGCCAUGUGUUUCAUGAUGGAUCCAGCUUUUGGAAAGAAAACCUGUUAUGUACAAUUCCCACAGCGGUUUGAUGGCAUUGAUUUGCAUGAUCGAUAUGCUAAUCGUAAUAUUGUCUUCUUUGAUAUCAACUUGAAAGGGCUGGAUGGCGUCCAGGGGCCAGUCUAUGUGGGAACAGGAUGUUGUUUCAACAGGCAAGCGCUAUAUGGAUAUGAUCCAGUGUUAACUGAGGCAGAUUUAGAGCCAAAUAUUAUUGUAAAGAGUUGUUGUGGUUCAAGAAAGAAGGGAAGGGGUGGCAACAAGAAAUACAUUGAUAAGAAGAGGCAAGUGAAAAGAACUGAAUCAACCAUCCCUAUUUUCAAUAUGGAAGACAUUGAAGAGGGUGUUGAAGGAUAUGAUGAUGAGAAGUCACUUCUUAUGUCUCAGAAAAGCUUAGAGAAGCGAUUUGGUCAGUCCCCUGUUUUUAUUGCAGCCACCUUCAUGGAACAGGGUGGCAUUCCUCCAUCAACUAAUCCUGCAACCCUUUUAAAAGAGGCAAUCCAUGUUAUUAGCUGUGGAUAUGAAGACAAGACUGACUGGGGCAAAGAGAUUGGAUGGAUUUAUGGUUCUGUGACUGAAGAUAUUUUGACUGGGUUUAAGAUGCAUGCACGAGGUUGGAUUUCAAUAUAUUGCAUGCCACCCCGCCCAGCAUUUAAGGGGUCUGCUCCCAUCAAUCUUUCUGAUCGUUUGAAUCAGGUUCUUCGAUGGGCCUUGGGAUCUAUUGAGAUCCUGCUGAGCAGGCAUUGCCCCAUAUGGUAUGGCUACAAUGGGAGGCUCAAGCUCUUGGAGAGACUGGCAUACAUCAAUACCAUUGUUUAUCCUCUCACUUCUAUCCCCCUGAUUGCUUACUGUGUCCUUCCUGCUAUUUGCCUUCUAACAGGGAAAUUCAUCAUUCCUGAGAUAAGUAACUUUGCUAGCAUGUGGUUUAUUCUCCUCUUCGUCUCCAUUUUUGCUACUGGAAUACUUGAGCUUAGAUGGAGUGGUGUCAGUAUUGAAGACUGGUGGAGAAAUGAGCAGUUCUGGGUCAUUGGUGGUACAUCAGCCCAUCUCUUUGCUGUCUUCCAAGGGCUGUUGAAAGUGCUUGCUGGGAUUGACACCAACUUCACUGUCACUUCAAAGGCAUCUGAUGAUGAUGGGGACUUUGCAGAGCUCUAUGUGUUCAAAUGGACAUCUCUCCUCAUCCCACCAACAACUGUGCUCGUCGUCAACUUGGUAGGCAUUGUGGCUGGAGUUUCAUACGCCAUAAACAGCGGGUAUCAGUCAUGGGGGCCACUUUUUGGAAAGCUCUUCUUCGCCAUAUGGGUGAUCGUCCAUCUUUACCCCUUCCUAAAGGGUUUGUUGGGUCGCCAAAAUCGUACCCCCACAAUCGUUAUUGUCUGGUCCAUUCUCCUUGCUUCCAUCUUCUCCUUGCUGUGGGUGCGGAUCGACCCUUUCACCAGCAGCUCCACAAAAGCCGCAUCAGGUCAAUGUGGCAUCAACUGCUAGGUCUUUUUUGGAUGGAAUCAUUUUGCUGCAAGUGAACAAACCCCUUCUCCGUCUUUGUCUGUCUCUCUCCAUGUGCUGUGUAAAUAAGAAGCUGUUGAGAUAAUUAAGUUGUAUGCAAGAUCUAAGUUAUACUGUAUUAUCUAUUUUAUUUUCUGAAAGGGGGAGUUUGAUGGGUGGAUGGAUGCAUGUGAAAGAAGCCAUUUGUAUCUCCUUCUUGCCUUGUUUCCUUUUGGAGAUUUCUCCUCUCAAAGUGUUUGUGUUGGGUCUGUGCUGGAAUAGGUGUCUCAAAUGCUUUAUUGUGUAGUGUUAUGAUGAAUUUUUUUGUCAAGAACUUAAUACAAAUCAUUCAUGGGCUGUGUAUUUUCUAUGAAAAAUCAAGUUUGUUAUUC